UUCAGAUUAUGAGAGUUUAGAAUAAAAAAAUAUUUAUUUAUUUUAUUCAUUUUGCAUUAUUUCAAAUUAGGAAGGAUAUGAAAUACAUAAAUUACUCCAAAAUAGAGUUCGGUAUUAGCAAAGAAUAGUCAACAGAUCUAAAUUGCUCUGUUUCUAGUGAACGUCCAUUUUUCCUCUCAAUCCCAAAUUCUUUGGAAACCCAUAAAAGAAAGCACAAAUUCAUCCAAUACCACACCUCUUCUAACUUCUAACCACUUUAUCUUAUCAGAUACAGACAUGGUAGUUUCAUCUCAAAACGACGCCGUUUCUCUUGAUACUGGCCAUGCUCGUCUUCAUCAACUGGGUUACAAACAAGAACUCAAGCGUGAUUUAUCGGUGAUAUCAAACUUUGCGUUUUCAUUCUCCAUAAUAUCAGUAUUAACAGGUAUAACGACUUUGUAUAGUAGUGGAUUGCAGUUUGGAGGACCUGCUGUGAUGGUUUAUGGAUGGUUUAUAGCUGGGUUUUUCACCAUGUUUGUGGGUUUAUCAAUGGCUGAGAUUUGCUCUUCUUAUCCUACUUCUGGUGGUCUUUACUAUUGGAGUGCUAAACUUGCUGGUCCCACUUGGGCUCCUUUUGCUUCUUGGCUCACUGGCUGGUUUAACAUCGUUGGGCAGUGGGCCGUUACAACUAGUGUAGAUUUCUCUCUGGCACAGCUGAUUCAAGUGAUCAUUCUACUAAGCACAGGGGGUAAAAAUGGAGGCGGUUUUCAGGCUUCCAAAUACAUAGUCAUUGCCUUCCAUGGUGGAAUUUUACUUGUGCACGCGAUCUUGAAUAGUCUUCCUAUUUCAUGGUUAUCCUUCUUUGGACAGCUUGCUGCAGCAUGGAAUGUUGCAGGAGUGUUUGUCCUAAUGAUUGCCAUCCCUUUGGCUACCAAGGAAAAGGCCAGCGCGGAGUUUGUGUUCACACACUUCAACACUGAUAACAGUAAUGGAAUCAAAAGUAGAGCUUACAUCUUCGUUCUUGGACUUCUAAUGAGCCAAUAUACUUUGACAGGUUAUGAUGCAUCUGCUCAUAUGACUGAGGAAACUAAGGAUGCAGAUAAGAAUGGGCCUAAAGGAAUUAUAAGUGCCAUCGGUAUAUCAAUUAUUGUUGGUUGGGCUUACAUCCUUGGGAUCACCUUUGCAGUCACCGAUAUUCCUUCCCUUCUAAGUACCGAAAAUGAUGCUGGUGGUUAUGCCAUAGCUCAAGUUUUUUACCAAGCAUUCAAGAGUAGAUAUGGAAAUGGCAUCGGAGGAAUAAUUUGCUGUUGUGUUGUAGCUGUGGCUAUAUUCUUUUGUGGCAUGAGUUCAGUUACCAGCAAUUCUAGGAUGGCUUAUGCAUUCUCCAGAGAUGGUGCAAUGCCAUUCUCAUCGAUUUGGCAUAAAGUGAAUCAAAACGAGGUUCCUAUCAAUGCCGUUUGGAUGUCUGCUUUCAUCUCAUUCUGCAUGGCACUGACGUCACUCGGAAGUCUGGUGGCUUUUCAAGCGAUGGUAUCUAUAGCGACAAUCGGAUUAUACAUAGCAUAUGCCUUGCCUAUCUUGUUCAGAGUCACCUUGGCUCGCAAUACAUUCGUCCCAGGGCCUUUCAAUCUAGGCCGAUAUGGGAUUUUUGUAGGUUGGGUUGCCGUGCUCUGGGUCAUCACCAUUUCUAUCUUGUUCUCAUUGCCUGUUGCGUAUCCAGUUACCGGGGAGACUCUUAAUUAUACACCUGUGGCUGUCGGUGGCCUAUUGAUCCUGACGGUGUCUUCUUGGAUUUUAAGAGCGAGGCAUUGGUUCAAAGGUCCUAUUACAAACAUAGGUUCUGUAUAGAGCAAGAGAACACAUAUACUAAAGAUGGGUAGCUCAAAUCAUCGGAGAAUUUUUACAGAUGAAGAGA